AUGACUGCAGCCGACUUUCAGAGUGAAGGGAAAUCAACCCACCAGACCACAAUCAACUCAGGCUCGAUUACGAUGCGCCUGCAAGGCAUUGAGGAAUGGAGCUCGGAAACCAAGACCACAGUCGUAUCAUCCAUCGCUGACGAUAUGGUCACGACAUUGAAGAUCAUAGGAAGACACUCAGAAGCCGGUAUCCUGGACUAUACGCACACAGAGCGAAUCAGUGAUGUCAUUGAUAUCGUUCUCAACACGAAUGAGCGGCUCGAAAGUUGCAAGAUACGGCGGCUCCGCCAGCAGAACCGGGACCAGAGACGGGCAUAUCAAAAUUUGGUCAGAAAGACAGAGGAAGUGCUCGACAAGUACAAUAGGAAAGUGCAGGGAUUGAAAGCACAUGUCCGGAAUUUGCGGGGUGAACUGCUUAAUUCCAAAUUAGAGCGAGAGCUGCUGCUUCGGCGGGUUCACUAUCUGGAGAAAGGGGGUGAUUAUGGGGAUGAUGGAGAGGGCGACACUAUUGUAGAGGAAAAGGAGGUGGAAAGUCCCCAGGAUCAGGGAAUGGCUGGUCUGACGGAUGAAGAUGGGGAGUGGGAAGAGGAUCCCGAGACCGAACUCUAA